AUGACAAAUAAAUUAAAUCACUAUACUUCAUCAUAUCCUAAUCAACAAUCAGUAUUUAAAACUGAAUUAUCUGAAAUUACCGAUCAAAAAAGGCAAAGUAUUUUAAAGCCUUAUGCUAAUAGCAAAUCUUAUUGUUUGACAAAUUCAUCAUCGCAUACUUUACGAAAUUCUAUUUUAAAAAAUAAAAGCCAAAAUAUUGCAAUUUCUGAAGCUGAUGCAUAUCGUCCAUGUGGUACUACUAAUACUAAUACUAUUAUCACUGAUAAUUUAUCAACUAUCAAUACUACUCGAUUACCAUUAGCUGUGAAACCUUUACGUCAAUAUCAAUUGAAAACGGAAAAUUUGCAUACUUCUGAAGAAUACCAAUGUAAUAAUAAUGGUGCUACCAUCUCAUCAUCAUCAUCGUCAUCACCAUUAUCAUUAUUAUCAUCACCAUUAUCAACACUAUCAUCAUCAUCAUCAUUACCACGAAUAGCAAAAACUGUCCCAUCAUCAUUAUCAAAAAAUCUAUGCAAAACAUUAUCUGAUAAUUUUAGGCAAAAUUCACAAACAAUUUCCUCAAAUGAUAUUAUUAAGUCGAAAUACAAAUAUGAAACACUGAAUGAUAAUAAUAACAAUAUUAAUAGUAAUAAUACACUGAUGACGAAAUUUUCACCUGAAAUUAAUUUCAAUUCAUUUAGCGAUAUGACAACAUGUAUAGCACGACCUAUUUAUUGUGAUAAUGAGAUGAUGAAUGAUAAAGUAGGUGAUAACACUGUAUCAUCAUUACAAAAAGCAACAAAUAAUGUUCAUCAAAGAACAAUGAAUGAAAAUGAACCAAAAUUAAUGAAACAUUUAUUAUCAAAUAAUCAAUUCAAUAAUGAUAAUAAUUCAAUGAUUGAUAUUAAAUGGGAGAAAGGAAAUUAUGAAAAUAUAAAAAACGAAAUAAAAAAUGAUACAAAUAAGAAUUCAACUGUAAAAUCAAUUGUAAAAAUUAUUAAGCCAAGACGACGAUUAACAAUUGCGUCUUCAACAAUAAAUGAUUGGCCAAUGAUAAAAAAUGUAGCAUUUGAAAAAAAUAUUACAAAUGGUUUAAAUAUAAAUGAAAAUAAUCAAUCAUUCAAAAAUAAAAAUAGCCGAAGAGAAUUACCAAAAAAACAAUGGUUUAGCUCAUCAGUUGAUGGACCACCAAUUAAAUCACAACAAAUUAAUGAAACUAUAAUUGAUGAUAAUUUAACAUCUAAACAACAAUUUCAUACAGCACAUUUAUCAUCAGAUAAUAAGUUAGCAACAAAUUCAAUUCAAAAAUCUAUUAUGUUAAAAUAUGAUAGUAAACAAAUUUCUAAUAAACAAAUGAUUAAAACAUCACCAUCACCAUCAUCAUCAUCAUCAUUAUCACAAUUAUCACAGCCAUCACAGUUAUCACAAUUACCACCACCAAAACCCACCAGAACUUAUGAGGAAAUGUUUACUAAUUUAUCACAAAUGGAAAAAUCAAAAGAUAGCAUAAAAUUAGUUAAAAAAUCAAUGCGGAAAACUUGUCCAAUUAUUAUGGGUAAUACAAAAAUGAUUCCUCCCAAAAUUUAUCCUAGUAAUUCAAGUAAUGAUGAUGAUAAUGAUAAUGAUAAUGAUAAUGAUAAUAGUAGUACUUCUGGUUUUGAUGUUAAUUUACAUAGAAAAACGACUGAUGCAGUAAAAAGUGAUUCAAAUGUUGAAACAUCCGGUAAAUGGCUUCAAACUCUUCAUUUGCCGUGUGAUUCAUAUUGUCCUCCGAUAGAUGAGGAUGAUUUGGCAUUGUCAAAGAUAAGAAGGCGAAAUAGUUUAGUGGUACGAACACAAACAGGUCUCAGAGUUAAAACAAUAAUUGAUAAAUUGCUUAAUUCAAAUGGACGUGAUCAACGAAGAGCUCUAUUUUCAUUGAAGCAAAUUUUUCAAGAUGAUAAAGAUUUGGUACAUGAAUUCGUACAAAAUGGUGGUUUAGAAUGUAUGAUUAAGCUUGGAAGGAAAGCUGAUCAAAAUCAUCAAAAUUACAUCCUAAGAGCAUUAGGUCAAGUGAUGUUGUACGUGGAUGGUAUGAAUGGUAUCAUUGCUCAUAUUGAAACAAUUCAAUGGCUUUAUGAAUUACUUGAUUCACCGUAUCGAUUGGUGGUGAAAACAGCAUUAAAAUUAUUAUUGGUAUUUAUUGAAUAUACGGAUCAUAAUGCACUUCUGUUAAUGACUGCUGUUACAAAUAUCGACAAAGCUAAUAAUCGACCAGAUUGGUAUGCAUUAAUGAGAGUACUUAAUGAAAAAGAUACCAAUGAUGUUGAAAUGCUUACAUAUGGUAUGACUGUUAUUAAUAAAACACUAAAUGGUGUCGCUGAUCAGGAUACAUAUUAUGAUCUCGUUGAUUCGCUUGAAUCACAAGGUUUAGAAGAUUCAAUGCGACAUAUGCUAAAAUUAGAUCAUAAAGAUCUCAAAGAUCAAUGUAAAUUAUAUGAAAAAGUAUUGAAGCAAGAAGAUGAAGCAGAAAGUAGUGAUGAAAGUAUUGUUAAAAUGAGGGCGCAAACAGCAUCACCGAUUGUUGUUGAUCGUAGAACAGCAAUGCGGCGUCGACAUCAGGAAUCAUUAGCCCGGCAACAGGAACAUUAUAAUUUUCAUAAGAUUAACUCUGUAAAUAAUAAUGUUGAAAAACUUGAAUUAUCUAAAACAAAUACUACUGGUAAAAUUGUUAAUGGUACUAAUGGUACAACAAAUGAUAUUAUUAAUAUUGAAACAUCAAAAGUAAUACCGCCAUGGCGAAGGAAAGUUUAUGAAGUUGAAUCAAAGCUGAAAAAUAAUAAUAAUACAAAUGUAACGGUAAAUGAGAUGAGCGAACAAUUAUCAAUAAAACAAUCUCCAAUGGCAUCAAUAAAUUUGGUUGAAAAAAAUUUAACGAAUAAUGAUGAAAAUGUAAAACCUGAAGAGAAACCGGUUCGAGCACCUCCACCAUCAUUUCCUUCUACACUUUUCUCACCAACCGAAAAUAAAACAAUGGAAUUUCCGGUACCAACUAAAAAUGAACCAGAAACAAUAGCAGAAUCAAAAAGGAUAGUAUCGUCACCUACAAAAGCAAAAGUAAUCAAUGAUAAUGAUGAUGAUGAUAAUGAUGAUGCUACAACUGGUGGUAAUGCAUUUGCGGCACAGUUACGUCGUCGUGCGCUUAAACGUGAACAAAACGCUGCAUUAUUUGAGCCAAAACAGGAUGAAGCAGAAAUACAAUGGAAAAAAGCUGCUGAAAAUUUUAAAUCGAAACCAUUAAUUAUCAAUGAUUUGGAUUUUUCGGAAUUUCAUAAAGAUGAAUUUGAGCAAGAUCCAUUAGUAAUGGCUCGUUUAGCAGCAAUAGCUCAGGAGAAAGGCCUAAUUCCAGGUGCUAGCAGUAGUAGCAUUCCACCAGCACCUGAAAGAGGACCACCGCCAGCACCACCUUUAUUACCUGGCGCACCAGGUGCACCUCCACCACCACCUUUUUUGUCACCAAAUGGUGGUCUAAAUCAAAAAGGUCGCGAUCCAAGUCCAGUACCACCGGUAUCAAAAACUGGUACACUAAAAUUACAUUGGAAACCUGCACAAGCUGAACUACCACCGGUACCAUCAUUGAGAAAUAAGGGAACAUUCUGGCAUAAACUUGAUUUACCACAAAUUGAUGCUAAAAAGUUGGUUCAAUUAUUCGAGCAAAAAACCAAAGAAAUUCCUGCUGUUAAGCGGCUCAAUGGUGAACAUCGGGCGCAAAUUCUUCAAGUGCUACCGUUAAAACGAUCACAAGCGAUCAAUAUUGGUUUAACUAAAUUACCACCAAUAAGUGUUAUUCCAACUGCUAUUAUGAAAUUCGAUUCACUGGUACUAAAUAAAGAGGGUAUUGAAAAAAUUCUUACUACAAUGAUGCCAAAUCCAGCGGAAAUUGAGCAAAUUGAGUUAAAAGUUGCGGAACAUCCGGAUAUGCCGCUAGGUCAAGCGGAACAAUUUCUUCUUAAACUUGCACAAAUACCAUGCUUGUUGGAAAGGCUGAGACUUUGGAUUUUUACAUUGGACUAUAAAAAUUGUGAAAAAGAUAUCGCAGAACCAUUAAUGGAUUUACAAUUAGCAAUGAAAGAAGUUGAAGAAUCGAAAACAUUUCGUACUGCUAUGGGAAUGUUAUUAAUAAUUGGAAAUACAUUGAAUGGAACUAAUAUUAAAGGUUUUCAAUUGGAUUAUUUAAGUAAAGCAUCUGAAGUAAAGGAUCCGGUUUAUAAGCAUACGUUAACAUAUCAUUUAGCCGAAUAUAUGAUUGAGCAUUGUUCAGAUGGAACCGAUUUAUAUUCCGAAUUUGGUGCUGUUGCACGUACUGCUAGGUUCGAUUACGAUGAAUUGGAGUCAAAUUUAAAGAAAUUAGAGCAUGAUUGUAAAGCAUCAUGGGGUUAUUUAGCUAAAAUUAGUAAAAAUGAUAGCUCAUCAUCGAUGAAACAAAAGAUAAAUGAUUAUUUAAAUGAUGUAGCACAACGAAUUCAUCAACUUAAAGCAAUUUAUCGAAUUGCUUUUAACAGAUGGCAUGCAUUUUUGCUCUUUUUUGGCUAUAGUAUUCAUGAAGUACCAACAUUAAAGCCAAUGAAUGUUUUCAAAAUGGUUAACGAAUUUGCGCUAGAAUAUCGUACCACACGUGAUAAAAUUUUACAACAACGGAAACGAUUAGCUGAUAAACGUGAACGUAAUAAAACACGUGGUAAGAUAUGGGCAUUAGAAAAUGGUCAAAAUGAUGAUAAAGAUGGUAUGGAAUUGAAUGGUAAUUUAAAGCGUACACCAAUACAAAUGAAUGCUGAACAGCGACAUGAAGCAAUGUCACGUAUGCUAACUGGCGGAAACAAUGAUGAUACGUUAAAAAGGAUACGAGGAAAGCCUACAGCUGAACGAUCACCUGCUGAUAUUAUUUCAAGUCAACGAGAAAUGCUGAGAUCAGUUGGACGUUUAACUGAUUCCGGAAGUCCUGGCCAGGAAUCACCGGAUGAUGAAAUUCUUGAUGGUCUUGUAAAAGCAGCAACAAUUCAAACGGAACCACGUGAUCAUCGUCGUAGAGCUAGGCAAUUUAAUCGCAAAUCUUUGAGGCGUACUCGAACACUAAAACUUGUUGAUGAUCAAUCUAGUAGCACAGUUACAACUGUCUAA